GAAAUUUCCUGUUCUUCAGAGCUCCAGAAAGUUCUGCAGCUCCUCGUAUAUAUAUAUAUAAAGGCGCAGCGGCCAUCUUCAUUCAGACAUAGCAACUCCAUCCAACCGGCAGGCUGUGACACACUGAGCGAGGAAACAGUUAUUGUUUGUCAGAAAUGGUGCGAGAGACCGGCUACUAUGAUAUUCUCGGAGUAAGUCCGAAAGCCUCUGCGGAUGAAAUUAAGAAAGCAUAUCGAAAACUGGCGUUAAAAUACCACCCGGACAAAAAUCCAAAUGAAGGCGAAAAAUUCAAGCUCAUUUCACAAGCCUAUGAAGUCCUGUCAGAUCCUAAAAAGCGAGAUGUGUAUGACCAAGGAGGUGAACAAGCACUCAAAGAAGGUGGUGUGGGUAGUGGAGGUUUCUCCUCUCCUAUGGACAUCUUCAACAUGUUCUUUGGUGGUGGAGGGAGAACUCAGAGAGAAAGGAGAGGGAAAAAUGUGGUCCACCAACUUGGUGUCACACUUGAAGAAAUGUACAGUGGUUCAACCAGGAAACUUGGUCUCCAGAAGAAUGUGAUCUGUGAGAAAUGUGAUGGUUACGGAGGAAAGAAAGGGGCUCUUGAGAAAUGCUCAAAUUGCAAAGGCAGAGGAGUGCAAAUUCAGGUACAACAGAUUGGACCAGGAAUGAUUCAGCAGAUACAGAGUAUGUGCUCAGAUUGCCAGGGACAAGGUGAGAGGUUCAGUGCCAAGGACAGAUGCAAGAAUUGCAAUGGGCACAAAGUGGAGCGCAAAAAGAAGAUUCUUGAGGUCCACAUUGACAAAGGUAUGAAAGAUGGGCAAAAAAUCACAUUCCAUGGAGAGGGUGAUCAGGAACCAGGUUUGGAACCCGGUGAUGUCAUUAUCGUCCUCGACCAAAAAGACCACCCUAUAUUUCAGAGGAGGGAAGACAACCUACAUAUGAAGAUGCAGUUAAAGCUAGUUGAGGCUCUCUGUGGGUUCAAGAAGACUAUACAGACACUAGACAACAGAACACUUGUCAUCAGCUCACCUCCUGGUAAAGUAAUAAAACAUAAUGAGUUAAAGUGUAUUCAGAAUGAGGGCAUGCCUGUGUACAGAGAUCCAUAUGACAAAGGACUGCUCAUUAUUCAGUUUGAGGUUGAGUUCCCAGAGAAAUACUGGCUUCCAGAGAACAUGUUUCCCCAGCUGGAGGCACUGCUUCCUAAGCGAGAUGAGGUGAUGCUGAUUGAUGAUAUGGAAGAGGUGGACCUUUCUGAAGUAGAUUAUGAAUCCCAGAGGAGUAAGUACAGUAGAGAAGCAUAUGAAGAAGAUGAGGGUUCCAGAAGCCAUGGAGUACAGUGUCAGACUCAGUGAAACUUCUCCUGCAUUUUAUGUUGCAGCUUUUCUGUGUAAAUUUGACACCAGAAUUGCUAACUUUUUUCCUGUCUGUGAACAAGAUGUAAUUUGAUUGGCUUGAACCCAGAAAUUUCCCUUCUAUUGCAUCCUGUUAAAGAAAGUAGGUGGAAAGGACAGGACCUGACUUUAGUAUGUUGCUUUAUUUGUCACACAACUGCUCACAGUUGUGCCUUCACUGUUUGAAUAUGUCUCAUUUAUCUGUUGAUGUAAUUUGUUUUUCUUCUAAAGAAGGGUAUCUGUAUGCUUUCUAUGAAGGUAACACCCCUCACAUUUCACCUGUGUAUCUAUCAAUGAAAAAUGUGUUUUCUGAAAUAAAACACUUUAAUUGUG